CUUCCGGUUGGCGCCCCUGGACUUCCGGCUCCUCCUCUGUGUCUGGCCUGCUGUAGGCGUUGGGUCGCAAUCAUCUCCGUCUCAAGGCCUGUCGCUCAUCACCCGUCACACACAGCCUCCCCGGCCCCACAAGGCCGUUCUCAGUGACUUCGAGGGGAAGCUUCAUAAUCCAUGUGAAGCUCCCCAUGGCUGAGGUGUGGGGGUCAGCUGGACACUCCCUACCCCCCCAAACUCGGUCAGGCCCGAGCUUUAAUUUGGUCGAGUUUUUGAAAGCAAAGGCUGGCUCUUUAGUAAUGAAGACGCCUUGAGAGUGGGCGUGGUUCAGCCGCUACACAGGACACACUGGACACCUGAGCCUGGACCCUGGGCCCAUCUGACUGGUCAGAGGAGGAGGGGUGACUGGUUCUGACCCCCUCCCCUGCUUGCCCUCGUCCGUAGGUCCAACAAUCAAACAAGUCAUGUGUCCUGGAAUCAGACUGGCCGAGGGAAAACUAAAUGGCCUUUUCUGAAGUGAACAACUUCUUAAUUGCUUUGAAAUCCAAAUCAUAGUUGACGAAGCUCCAUGGACAUUGAGGAUCACACUGGCCUCAGGGCUGGGGAGGAUGGAGUUACGGAUGGAGGAGCCUCCCCAUGGCCACUCUGGGUGCCCAGACUGCUCCGCCGGUGUUGGCAUCUCACUGACGGGACGGAAAGGUGUGGUUUCCACCAGGCUGGAGCAGAUGGCACACACAGAAGCAGAUAGAAAACAGAGAGGGCCAGAAGUGAUCUUAGGACCAUGUCUAUAACUCACAGUCGUGAGGUUGCCAGGGAUGGCAGGGGGUAUUGCCAGCGAAGUAUUGGGAGUUUGGGGUUAGCAGAUGUGAACUGGUAAAAUAGGAUGGAUUAACAACCAAGUCCUCCUGUAGAGCACAGGGAACUCUAUUCAGUAUCUUGUGAUAGACAAUAAUGGGACCAUAAUAGGAAAGAACAUACGUAUAUAUGUGUGACUCAGUAACCUUGCUGUACGGUAGAAAUGAACACAAUGCUGUAAAUUAAAAAAAAAAACAAAGAGUGCUGAUGUUUAAAACAGAUGUCCCCGGUGGGGACAAGUGGCCAUGUUGAUCCACAGAGAGAGUUUUCAGGCCUGACCCCCACAUUCCUCAUUUAUACAGUCCUUCCCAGACUGGUAGAAUUUCUUUUUGCAAAAUUAUCCUUGUCUAAUCCAUAGAGACGAAAGUGGAUUAGUGGUUGCCAGGGGCUGAGGGGGGAGGGGCAGGAGAUGGGGAGUGACUGCUAAUGGGUGUGGGAUUCUUUGGGGGGCGAUGACAGUGUUCUGGAAUUACCGGCGAUGGCUGCUCGGCUCUGUGAACGCGCUGAAAACGCGGCACUGUACAGUCUAAAAGUGUGCAUUGGGUGGUGUGGCAGUGACAUCUCAAUAAAGCUAUUUAAGAAGUACCCUUGCCGCUCGUUGCUGGCCCAACUCCAGCUCCUGGACCUCUGGUCCCCAGCUACGGCGGCAGGCUCCCAGGAGGUGACUCUGCCAGUCCUACCGGCUGUACUGGACUCUGUCAUCAGCCUUUGCUUCUGCCCAAACACUUGCAGAAGUUGUCACGUGCAGAGCGCUCGAGGACCAAGCUGGGGUCAGAAUUCCGAGCUGCACCUGAAGCAUAGAGGGCCUGGACUUGUGCUGCAGCAUGACACUGAUGUGUAAAGUCCCUGUAGGAGGAAAACCAGAGUGCGCCGUGGGCUCCAGGCAACGGGGUGGAAGGAGACAAGGGGCCUUGUCUUCUUUCUGGACUCUUGGCAACGACCGGACCCUCUGAAAGGAAUCAUGGUUGCCCUGUCAUUAGGUCAGCAGGGAGACGGCAGAGCUGCCCAGAAUCAGGCCUCGGGCCCCCGCACCGGGGCCGGGGCAUGGACGGUGACAGCCCCGUCAGCAAGUUCCUGCUGGGCCGCAGGUGCCGUGGGCACCCCUACCGUGUUCGCUCUUCUUUCUCUCGCCAUCCCUUUAUUUUAAAUGUUUAAUGAAUUAAAAAAACUAGUUGUCUAGACAGGCUUAGAAACAGGAACUUCCUUCUCCUAGCCUCGACAUGGGAUGUCUCCAGGGGACACGUUGGUGUCUUGAGGACUGGCUUGCAGAGGGCCACCACUAGGCCCAGGGAGUGGCAUUUGUGGGAUAGAAAAUGAAAGCAGGCAGAAUCUGGGUGGAAAAAGUGGGGUCUCCAGGACUACAGAGAUGUCACCAAGACCACACUGCUUAUUGGCGUCCUCCCACAGCUCCGCUCUGCCUGGGCCCAUCCACCUCCUGGCUGGCACCACACCCGCUGCAGAGAAAGGUGACCUUCUGAUGCCCUUGGGCCACACGCCACCUUCCUCCUGCCUCACUGGUCAAAGAAGGAGCCCUGGGCCAGACAGGGGUCUCCAGAAGAGUGAAGAGAGACCACAGCCCAGCCACCGCCCAGGAGCAGCCCGUAGAUUCCAGAGAAAGCUCCUGGCUCUGUGCAGCACCUCCUGGACGCAGCCCCCGCCCCCACUCCCCACAAGGCCCAGUGGAUGGGAGCGACCAUUUGCUGUGGCCUCGGGCCGCGGCUCAGGGUUGUGCUGGGAGGUCCCGGCUAGCCGCAGGCACUGCAGCCGCACCCGGAGGAGUCCCUGUGCCAGGUCGGCGGGGCCUGCUCUCCUUCCCCGGGCAGGACCGGGAACCGGAACCGGAGGACGGCAGCCCCGCUCAGCAACACUUCUCUUUGUUUACCAGGCACGCCACGCGGCGGGCCUGCUCUCUCUCCAGCCGCUCUCUCUGCCAGCUUCACGUCCAGCGAGGGACAAAGGGGCCUGCGGCGGAUUAGCUGCCCGGCGGGCGGGCCCGCGGUUCCCGCGGCGGCAGCUGCUCGCCCGCCUUGCCAAGGCGGCCGUCCUGUCCCGUCCCCGUUCACUGAGGGCGGAGCGCGGCCCGGGCAGGACGCCUUCUGUGUUUAUCUGCAAGGCCGACCCCGUCCCCGCCCCGUCGAGCCGGCCGGGCCAGGCUGGGGGCCGCGGGGUCAGCGGCGGACAAUGGGCGGGCGCGCGCGCGUCCGCCCGACUCCGGGCCUUUGUUGCGGGAGCCUCGUGCCGAUGGGUUAAUGGGGCAGAAGCGAUCGGUGAAGGGCGACAGAAGUGGGCUUUGAAAGAGGGUGUCAGCGCAGGGCGGCGAGACAAAGGCCAAAACACACACGGGCGGAGAGGGACAGAUGGGGACGGGCGGCGGAGACAAUUAGGCGGCGGGCGCGGAGCGGGCGCGGGGCGGGCGCGGCUCCAUCGUUCUGCGGUUAACCAGGCCCGGGCGCGCCGCUCCUUCGCCUCUGCGCCCGGGAGGGAGGGACGGGGGGCGGGGUAUCCCCUCCCCAUAAACAGCCGCAGAGCAGGUCCUGGGCAGCCCGCCGGCCACCCCUGUUUUCCUCCCUGAAGGCCUGGGAACACAUCACGCAGCCAGCGCCCCCGGGCCGGCUCGCAGGACCAGCGCGAGGACUGGUCGGUCCGCGGGAUGCUAGCCGGGCCCGCCAGGCGGCGCUGCUUCCCGCCCGGCCGCGGCCGGCUCUGCAACCCGAUGCUGUUUAAUUAACGUGCAAAUUGAGUAGAUUAAAUGACUCUAAAUAAUUAGCCACAGAUCCUAUAAACAGGAUAACAUAUUUAAUUAAGCAGCGAUAUAGAUUUUGGAAACUGUUAAUGUAUUUUUAGAAUGGCCGCUUAGAUCUUUCACUUCCCCCCCUAACUUCAAACAUGUAACUACAGCCCUGGGUACGUGGAUAAAUAUCUGGAAACAAGAUUAGGCCUGUUAACUUCAACUAAUAGAAAUGUUGGCUUAACAGGGACGUGCUCCGCCCCCGCGUGGGCACUGCUUGGGGCCCCACAGCCCGAGCUGGGGGGCCGGUUCUGUUCAGCUUGGUGGUGAGGGGGUGCAUGGGCCCACCACCCCUGACACAGGGGUAGGAUGGUGUGGGGAUGAGGGGGGAUGGGAGGAGGUAAGUGAAAAAUACAAUCCAAUUUCAUUAUAUCAAUCACAUUUAAUUGGCAAUUUGUACAAGCAGUGACCGGGCUGGCUUUAGGUAAAACUAUUAGGCGACAGGCGAGUGUGCUACUAAAAUUCUUGGUUAGUUAAUUAGUGUCUGAACUGCGGAGGGAAAGGAUCCUCAGAUUUACUCUCUACAAAGAGAGAGCAGCCCAGACAAUUCAUUAGGCAGGCGGCUUGUAAAUUAGAGCUAAGUUAACCUGAUUUCCCUUAAUUAAAACAUCUUUUCUCGUUUACGAUGUGGAUAUAAGUAGAUCUCCAGGGUUUUGAAUUUUCUGCAACAGCAGAUGGUCAGCUAGAAGCAGAUAAUAGUUAACGCUUUCUCUCUACCAGAUCCGAACAACGUGAGCCGCUGGCCCAUCUGAGGAUUAAAAGGAGAGAUAACAAAGAGUGUUAACCCUUCCCCGUCUCCCCUCCGCUCAGAGACUCUGAGGGAGGGGCUGUCCUGGCCUGGGGCCCCUGGCCACGGGAACCCUGGGCAGGAGGAGGGAUGAGAGUUCUGGGGAAGUGGCCACUGGGCCGUGCGAAGGGAGAGUCC